GUCCCCAUUACGUGAGAACCGUGUUCGGCCACUUUACUGGAGAGUUAAUUGGAUAGCCCCGAUCGCUUCGAUCCACCUACAUCAGUCAUAAAUGCUAGCUGCCAGAAUGAGGUUCGUGCAAUACCUACGCAAAGGGGAUUUGGCCAAGCGCCUUGGCUUCCUGUCCGAAGACCAAAAGUCUCUGGUGGAACUCGCCGGCUUGGAGGGCGUACCGAGCGAUCUGAAGACUCUGAUUGCCCAGAACCCCAACCUGGAGGAGCUGGCCCAAAAGGCAGAGAAGCAGCCGCGACUCGAGGUCAACGAUGAUGUCACAUUGCUGCCACCCCUCACCGAUCCCGGCAAAAUCAUCUGCAUUGGUCUGAACUACCAGGACCAUUGCGAUGAGCAGAACAAGCCGGCCCCCAAGGAACCCAUGUUCUUCAGCAAGUUCAACAACGCCCUGGUUGGUCCCCAAGAUAAUGUCAUCGCCCACUCGGCGAGCACUAAAAUCGAUUGGGAGGUGGAGCUGGUCUGUGUCAUUGGCAAGGUCGCCCGCCAUGUGCCCAAGUCCCUGGCCAUGGACUAUGUCUUUGGGUACACGGUGGCCCAGGACAUCUCCGCCCGCGACUGGCAAAAGGAGCGGAAUGGCGGUCAGUUCCUCAUCGGCAAGUCGAUGGACACUUUCCUACCGCUGGGACCGGCUGUGGUGCACAAGAGCCUGGUGCCGGAUGUCUACAAUUUGAAUCUGAAGACCUGGGUCAAUGGUGUGGAGAAGCAGAACGGCAACACCGGCAACCUGAUCUUCAAGCUGGACGAUGUGAUCAAUCGGCUGUCGCAGACCAUCACCCUGCUGCCGGGCGACAUUAUAGUGACCGGAACGCCCAAGGGCGUGGGAAUGCACCGUAGUCCGCCGGAGUUCCUCAAACCAGGCGAUGUCAUCCAGACGGAGAUUGUCGGAUUGGGCAAGCUGUGCAACAAGGUCGUGGCCCCCUAGGGUCGUAAUUCCCUAUUAUUUGUUAUACGUUUGCAUAGUUAUAUGUUGUUUAUAAAACAAUGGCAUUUAA